AUGGACGACACCGAGCGACGUUCCGCCAAGCGCUCGCGCUUCGACCAGACUGAACCUGAGCCGCGCAAGGCUUCGAGAUUCGAUCGUCGCUCCCGAUCUCCUCCUGCAAAGCGCCCAGAGUCUGGCAGAGAUCGCAGUCCGAUUGCGAAUGACCCUGCGACGGAGCCCAAAAAGUCGCCCGUGGACGCCGCAGCCGCGGCCGCUGCUGCCGCUGCGCGCAUCAACGCGCAACUCCAAGCGAAGAAAGGCAUCCAACACGUCGAUGUCCCCCCGAUCAAGACCGCGACUCCCGAAAUCAAAACAGAGGAUGGAUCACCGGACCCGGCCAACACGAUCAAUGGCGAGAUGUACAUUGCCGACGGAGACUACAUCAAGGACAUCGAAGUCAACGACCUCCGCAACAGAUACCUCCUGACCAAGGGGUCGACUCAGAAGAUGAUUAAAGAAGAGACUGGUGCUGAUGUAACUACCCGAGGAAGCUACUAUCCCGACAAGAGCAUGGCAACGGCUGCGAAUCCCCCCCUGUACCUUCACGUGACGAGUACAUCAAAGACGGGUCUCGAGCAAGCUGUGGCCAAGAUCGAGGAACUCAUGAAACAGGAACUCCCGGCAUUGGUCGACGAGCGCCGUUUUCGUCGUCGUGACCAAGAGCAGGUCGAGAGAGAUGAAUAUGGUCGUCGCAAAUGGCCCGAGGAGAAGAUCCCCAUUGGCUUGGAGUCGGUCCCCGGAUUCAACCUGCGUGCUCAGGUUGUUGGACACGGCGGUGCUUAUGUCAAGCAUAUCCAGCAGGAGACCCAGUGCCGUGUGCAAAUCAAGGGCCGCGGUUCUGGAUACUUGGAGGCUGCCACUAACCGUGAGAGCGACGAGGACAUGUAUCUGCAUGUGGCUGGACCUGAUCCGAAAAUGGUCGAGAAGGCCAAGGAGCUCUGCGAAGACUUGAUCGCCAACGUCAAGGAUCAGUACGAGGAGUUCAAGAGCAGGCCUCCCCGUGGAUACGGCGAUCGCGGCGGCUAUGGAGAUCGCGGCGGCGGCUAUGGCGACCGUUCGCGGAACCACGAUGGUGGACACGGCGGACAUGGCGGCUACCAGGGCUAUGGCGGCGGCGGCUACAACUCUGGACACGGAGGACACGGCGGUCAUGGUAGUCACGGCGCUGGACAGUCGGCCAGCCCAGCUCCUGGUGGCUCUAACAGCCCUGCCGCUGGAGCCGACUACGCUGCUCAGUAUGCCCAAUACUACGGUGGACAGGACCCCUAUGCUGCUUAUGGUGGCUACGCCGCGUACGUCCAGAUGUACCAGCAAUACUACGCCGCUGCGCAACAGCAAGCGCAAGGUUCACCCGCGCCUCCUGGAGCCUCGCCGCCCCCGCCCCCGAGCGAGGCUGCUCCUCCCCCACCUCCUCCGCCAAGCUCUGCUCCUCCGCCCCCUCCUCCCUCGGGCUCUCCCCCGGGAACCGGAGGCUAUGGUGCAGUGCCUCCUCCUCCCGGUCUAUAG